AUGGAAAGUCAGAGAGUCCAGUCCUCUUACAGGAAGCGUUUCGGGCCCCAGGGUGCCGGCAGUGGCGGAGGAGGAGGGGUCCGGAUCAGCAGCUUCUCCUCCGGCCGCCUCUCCCUCCACGGCAGCCCGGGCCGCCAGCUCGCCUACUCCAGCCCCGUCUCCAGGCUCUCCCUGGGCUCGGUCGGGGACCGACUGGACUUCUCAGCCGACUCCCUGCUGAAGGCCCAGUACCGGGAGACCCGCAACAGCGAGAAAGUGGAGAUGAUGGGCCUUAACGAUCGCUUCGCCACCUUCAUCGAGAAGGUGCGUUUCCUGGAGCAGCAGAACAAGGUGCUGGUGGCGGAGCUGAACCAGCUGAGGGGGAAGGAGCCCAGCCGUCUGGGAGACAUCUACCAGGAGGAGCUGAGGGAGCUGCGAAGGCAGGUGGACGGCCUCAGUGCCGGCAAGGCCCGGAUGGAGGUGGAGAAAGACAACCUGGCUUCAGACGUGACCACCCUCAAGCAGAGGCUGCAAGAUGAGAUGGGCCUCAGGCAGGAUGCAGAGAACAGCCUGAACACCUUCAGACAGGAUGUGGAUGAGGCGGCCCUCAACCGUGUUCAGUUGGAGAGGAAGAUCGACGGACUGCACGAAGAGAUAGACUUCCUGAAGAAGAUUCACGAGGAGGAGCUGCGUGAGUUGCAGGAGCAGCUGAUGGCCCAGCAGAUCCAUGUGGAUCUGGACGUGUCCAAGCCAGACCUGACCUCGGCUCUGAAGGACAUCAGGGUCCAGUAUGAGUCCAUGGCCUCCUCCAACAUGCAGGAGACGGAGGAGUGGUAUCGCUCCAAGUUUGCUGACAUGACCGAUGCUGCCAAGAGGAACACAGAGGCGCUGCGACAGGCCAAGCAGGAGGCCAAUGACUAUCGUCGGCAGAUGCAGGUGUUGACCUGUGACCUUGAGGCCCUCCGAGGAACAAACGAGUCCCUGGAGCGGCAGCUACGUGAGAUGGAGGACCGCUUCUCCGUGGAGACGGCUGGUUACCAGGAUACGGUGAGCCAUCUGGAGGAGGAGACCCAGAUGCUGAAGGAGGAGAUGGCCAGACAUCUGCAGGAGUACCAGGACCUGCUCAACGUCAAACUGGCCCUGGAUAUAGAGAUCGCCACCUACAGGAAACUUUUGGAGGGGGAGGAAAGCAGGAUCACUGUGCCGAUGCAGAGCUUUUCCAACGUGCAAUUCAGAGAGAAUAUGGACACCAGGAUCCCCAUGGAGGCCCAUGUUAAGAAAAGUAUCUUGGUGCGGACUGUGGAGACUCGAGACGGGGAGAUCAUAAAAGAAUCUACAGCUGAACGGAAGGAUCUGCCUUGAUCUGAAGGACACUCACUGCUCUGGCAAAACCUGGCACGCUGUCCCUAGCAAUGCUUGGUGGACUUUGACUGGUUUUGAUCAUGACACACGUUUCUUACCAGAUUUCUUUCUCAUCUCCAACUCCAAAGUCCCCCCCGAUCACAACUAUCACACCAUCCCACUCCUGCUAGUGCUCCCCACAUCAUCACAAGCCAGUAUAACAACACUACUGUCAAAUACUUAACGUUAUUAGAACGUCUACCAAAAACAUUUGUUGUUGCAUGAAAUAGGUGUUUGAUCCAUGUUAGAGAUAGGUGCUGUGAGCACUAAGAAAGUUUACAGUGUUGUCUGUGUUCAAGAUGCACACAAUUUCUUUCGCUCUCACUAACAGAACAGACUGUUCAACAUUUGUGUUGUUUUGAAAUAGUUCCAUGAGAGAAGGCCUUGAAAUGUAGUGCUUGUGUUCUGCUUGGUCCUGGUGCCGAGAUGAAGCUAUGUGGCAGACGUGUAUGUGGAAAGUGAGGAGGUAACUGCAGGCGCUGGAGGAAGCAGUAGGCGGGAUCGGACAAGACGUCUUAGACAGAAGAGAUGACAAGUGUGUAAAAGUGGUGAAUUAGGCAGAGCUGUUGUAGAACAUAGAAAGAUUUCACCCUAGUUUCUCCUUUUAACUUGAUCCCACCGUUCCCCAGGGCCUCUCUGUCAGUGUGUUCCGUUUUGGCCCUCUUCCAUGUUCUCCAUCCAUACCCAUCUUCCCUGAGACUGACAACCUGUCAGCACCAUGGUGCUACGUCUUUGGAUGCAGAAGUUCUCUCCUCAGAGGUCGGACACGCCGCAUUUCCAACACGAGGACUGUGCCAUCGCAUGUCCACUUGAACACCAAGGGUGUGCGGGACAGGAUGAAAGUGGGACAGGGGUUUUUUGGAAGUAUUGUCGCAACCCUUACCCUCAAACCCCUGGUAGUCCUUCAGGCCAGCCUCUGGAGUGUCUGAGUGAUAGGGGAGCGACACAUGGGAGGAUGCUGUAGAGAUAGCAUGGUGCUGCCAGAACGAGUACAGUGAGGUCCUGUCUCCUUGACGACGGGCCUCUCACACAAGCCCUGUAUUUUUUGUUGUGGGCUAGAUGUCACAACACUAACUCUUUAAUCCAGCUCUCCCCCUGCAGGAGCUCUGCUGACAGCCUUACCACCUGCUUAUAAUUAAACAUGGUGUUUUAGAACGCUGGCCCUUCUCUCUUCGCUGAAGACUGAUAACGAUUGUUCCUGCAUGUGCUUUUCUCCCUCUCUCAUGGUCUCUCACUUUAAUUCUCUCUCUCUCUCCCUCUCUCUCUGUUCGCUUUCCUUACAUCCCUUUUGUCAGUCCUGGAUGCUUCUCGCUCCUGUCUGCCUGCUGAAGAAACAAACAGCAGGAACACAUAUACCUUUCAGCAAAAUCUAAACUAACACCUGUGACUAUAACCUUAGUUAUGACCAACCCUUGAUGACCAUGUGU